UUUCUUCCUUUCCACGACAUACCGGGCGUCCUGGCUUGCUGAAGAAAGCUCGUCGAGUCGACUCCAUCUAACGCUGUCAAUACGAAUUUUUAGAAUGUCUAAGUUGGCGGCGGAUCUUCCUCCCAAAGGUGGAUUUAGUUUUGAUCUCUGCAGAAGAAAUGACAUGCUUGAAAAGAAGGGUCUUAAACCGCAAUCUUUUCUCAAGACCGGAACUACUAUUGUUGGUUUGAUAUUCCAGGAUGGCGUCAUUCUUGGAGCAGAUACAAGGGCCACUGAAGGACCCAUAGUUGCUGAUAAAAACUGUGAGAAAAUUCAUUACAUGGCACCCAACAUAUAUUGCUGUGGAGCAGGCACUGCUGCUGAUACAGAAGCAGUAACAGACAUGGUCAGCUCCCAACUGCAAUUACAUCGCUACCAUACUGGUCGAGAAUCAAGAGUGGUUACAGCACUGACACUUCUGAAGAAACAUCUUUUCAAUUACCAAGGUUAUGUCCAAGCAGCUUUGGUACUUGGUGGGGUUGAUGUCACCGGACCUCAUUUGCACACGAUAUAUCCUCACGGUUCAACUGACUCGCUCCCCUUUGCAACAAUGGGUUCAGGUUCACUUGCUGCAAUGUCUCUUUUUGAGUCUAAAUACAAGGAAGGGUUGACUAGGGAUGAAGGGGUACAGCUAGUGGUUGAGGCGAUCUGUGCUGGUAUAUUUAAUGAUCUGGGAAGUGGAAGCAACGUGGACGUUUGUGUGAUAACCAAGGGACAUAAGGACUACCUCAGGAACCAUCUGUUGCCAAAUCCUCGAACAUAUGUUAAUCCAAAAGGCUUUACUUUCCUAAAAAGACCGGAGGUUCUCUUAACAAAGAUUACUUCCCUGAAGGAGAAGGUUGAAGUGAUCGAUGGAGGAGAUGCCAUGGAAGAGUAGCAUUCGUGUCAACAGGAACUAUAUUUACUUUAAAUUAUCAUCACAUGCCUGUAAUAUUGAGAGUAUUGAUUCUCACCCAAAACCUCGGCAUCGUGGAGGCCCCAUAAUCAUUGGCCUCUUGUUUUUACCAAAUGAAUUUCUAGUAUUCCGCAUACCCUUUUUCC